AUUCGCCAACAUACACAAAAUUGGUACACUUCGUUUGAGUAACUGAAGAACAAUGAACUCCUACAUCACAUUCGCUUGCUUGCUGGCCGUCUUCGGCCUUGGCCACAGCAACCCCGUUGCUCCCAUUGGUCUUGGCUACGGUGGAAUUGGUCUGUCAGCGCCUAUCAUCAGCACCCCCAUCCUGGCCCCGGCUGCGAUCUCCACCGCUAGUUUAGUGAAGGCCGCCCCCAUCCCCGUCAUCAGAACCGUCGCUGCCCCCGUCAUCUCUGCACCCGUUGUUAAAACUGUCGCCGCACCCAUUGGACUCGGCCUCGGCGGUUUGGGACUCGGCAGCUAUGGUCUCGGCCUGAACAGUGGACUCGGAUGGGGCAGCAGCCUUGGCUACGGCUACGGUUUGGGCGGCAAAGUCAUCGGUUAGAGUAAAUUCAAACGAAGUGUUGACGUCAUUCAAAAUUCUAUAUCUAUUCUAAUUGGUUGAAACACAUGAUUAAAGCAUUCACUAUUUAACUUUUUUUUUUUCA